AUGGUUUAUCCAGAGAGCAAGAGUUUGGCUGAAUUCUAUCCCAUGGUUGGUGGACAUGGAGCUCAUAGCUAUGCUAAAAAUUCUUCUCAACAGAGGGUAGUGGUGGAUGCUACAAAGGAAAUGGUGAAAGAAGCCAUGGCUGAUAAGCUCGACUUUGAGGUCCCCGGAUUUGAAAAUUCCACAGCAUUUCAGAUAGCGGAUCUGGGAUGUUCCACUGGGCCUAGCACCUUCAUCGCCAUGCAAAACAUUAUCGAAGCUGUUGAGCAAAAACACCAAAACCCUUCAGCCCUAGAAUUCCAAGUCUUCUUCAAUGAUCGCUUCGACAAUGAUUUCAACACUCUCUUUAAAUCCCUUCCUCCUUCAAGGAAAUACUUUGCCACUGCUGUUCCAGGCUCUUUCCAUAGCCGCUUGUUUCCCAAUUCCACUCUUCAUUUUGUGUACUCCUCCUAUGCGUUGCACUGGCUCUCCAAGGUCCCAGAAGAGAUUCAGGAUAGUGAACCUCCUGCGUGGAAGAAAGACAGCAUUCAGUGUACAGGAUUUGUGAAAGAGGUGGCCGAGGUUUAUGCAGCUCAGUUCAAAAAUGACAUGGAGUGCUUUCUGAAUGCUAGAGCUGAAGAGCUUGUGGAGGGAGGAUUAAUGGUGAUCAUAUUAUCUGCUUUACCAGAUGGGAUCCCCAUGUCCAGGACUACUAAGGGUAAAACUUAUGGUUUAUCGGGAUCUUGCCUCAUUGACAUGGCCAAGACGAACCUAGCUGUUUUUGAGGGGCUUAUCAAGGAACAUUUCGGCAGUAAGGCUGUUGACCAGUAA